ACAACAUCAAUAACAAACCCGAAUUUCGGGUACGGGAAGGUUGAUUUUGUUCAUCGCGAUUGUAAUUACAUUGUUUCGAAAAAGAAACAAUCAUCGUCGAUUCAAGGAAUUAUCUCAUGUCAAAGGAUUUUCUUCGAUUCAUUCAAGGAACAAGAGGACAAAGUAGUCGUCUCCGAUAGGUAAGAUUAUAGUUCAGCAUGAUGCUUGAAUAGGCUGCUAAGCGUGUGAUUUUCCGCAUCUGAGAUCUACGAUCUGAUUGAGUAGCGCUUUUUGUGGCAUUGUUUGUAUAUUAUUAAAGCAUUCUAACUUUUUUGGUGUCUUGUGUGAGCUGGCGUCUAAUACAUGUCAAUUUGCUUUUCCCAUUUGCAAUUUCUCUUGGGUAAAGAAUGUAAAUAAUGAAAGCCAAAAGGACGAAAAGUGUCAAUGUUAUUUGGACUGUUUUGUUUGCCAAAUAUCUUUUUUUGGAGGAAAUUUGUAAUUACAUAGAAGCGAUUUGGUGAAACAUACCACGAGACCGAUACCUUUUUUGCACUGUUUUCUGGCGUUUCGCUGCGAAUCGUUUAUCCUGCUUUUACAGGCGUAUUUUCGGUCAUCGCUUCGUUACUUUCUCUCUCGGGAGGGGCGGGGGGAGGUUGGGUACUCCCUUAUAUAAGCCAUAUAGGUAUGUGCCGCCCCGAAGGGUAGGGUUUUUGCGCCUUUUUGGUCUAAAAACGGGUAUAGAUUUUGCCCCAUUUUGGUAUGGAAUCGGGUAUGGUUUUCGAGGGAACUAUGGGAGUGUUCCAAAUGAGUAAGAAAGAAAGAGAAAUAUGCUAAAUCGAGAUGGAUGUUAAGAAAUCUUUCAGUUGUUGCUAUUCUAAUUAAUGUAAGAAAUGAUGACAUAAUUUCUUAAAGGCCAGGUCUGUGAAUGGGCAUGGAUUAUAGAGGCCAGGCCUAAAAACGGGUGUGAAAAUGAAGUCUUUUGGUCUGAAAUAGGGUCAGGAGCGGCACACCCCCACCUAGAAUUCCCAGGAGUACCUCCCUAGCCUGCGUAGCAGGCGUCGAAAGGGGUAGGGGGUAGGUGAUAGGGAGGAAGGGAAAAAGGGGAGGGGGAUUGGGGAGAGGGGGAGCUCCCUUCCCUUUUCCCUUUCUCCCCCCCCUCCCCCUCCCCUUUUUGCGCCUGCCACGCAGGCUAUACCUCCCAGAGUCUUUGCACUGUCUAACAUCCACAUAAAUAAACUGAUCAUAAACGGGGUGAUACCAGAAAAAGUCAUAUCCCCACAGUGGGUUAAUCCCUAGGUAUGAAAAAAGUUUUUUGUUUGUUUCUUAAGAAAAAGAAGAAGGUCAAAAUGAUGGAACCCCCGCCCCAAGGAGAAGUGGAAGACACCCUGAAAAGGAUUAACUCGCACCCAGGCGUCCUGGGCCUUCUGGUGAUCAACCCACAAGGCAUUGCGAUCAGGUCUACAAUGGAUAAUGCAACAACCCAACUGUAUGCGACCAAUUUUCAGCAUUUGGCGAGUUUAGCGCGUAGCUGUGUCCGAGAUCUCGACCCUUUGAACGACUUGAAGUUUCUUCGAGUGCGAUCUCGGAAGAAUGAGAUAAUGGUUGCUCCGUCGAAAGACUACACUUUGAUUGUUAUUCAAAAUCCAAACCACUGGGAUGUCUGA